CCGGAAACACUGUCUGCUAGGGUCAUCUCGGCAUCACGCUUUCAACAUGGCGGUGAAUCUCACAGAGCUCUCCCUCCCUCAAUUAGAGGGACUUAAGACUCAAUUAGAUCAGGAGCUAGAGUUCCUGACGUCUUCAAUAGGUCAGCUUAAAGUUGCUCAGACCACAUAUGUUGAAGCAAAAGAUAGCUUGAACGUCUUGAACAAAAAUAACAAAGGAAAAGAACUGCUUGUGCCACUUACCAGCUCAAUGUACGUUCCUGGAUCGUUAAAUGACGUGGAGACUUGUUUAGUUGAUGUGGGGACCGGAUACUAUGUUGAAAAGAGCGUUGAAGACUCAAAGGCAUUCUUCAAACGCAAAAUAGACUUCCUCACUAAGCAGAUUGUUGAGAAAAUUCAGCCGGCCCUUCAGGAAAAACAUGCCAUGAAACAAGCUGUGGUUGAAGUCAUGAAUGUGAAGAUCCAACAACUUCAACAGAGCCAGCAGUCAUCACAAGCGGUUGGGACCACCAACGCUUAAGGGGAACACCUGUUUGAAUUCUUCAUGACUGGGAGAGGGGCAUUUUAAGUUUGUGUACAUCUGCUGCUGUGGGUCAAAAAAUGCCCUUCACUGAUAUAAAGCGUCAUGUUAAAAGCUGAAGAAUAAAGAAUGUUUUUGUUUCUGUCUGAAGAAAGUACUCAAA